UGUAAUUACGUAUUUGGAUUUUUUCUUGUAGUUGGAGUGCGUGUUAUUCAUCGAGUUCUGCAGGGACUCACUAUAUGUCUAUCAAAGUCAUUCACUCUGACCACUCUUGAACUAAACAAUGUCAGACUGAAUGGGAAAUCUCUAAAUAUAUUUUGUCAGGGGAUUAUGAAAUCACAAAAUUUGAAAACUUUGAGUUUGAGAAAAUGUAAUCUUGGAGAUACAGGAGUCCAACAAGUAUGCCAAAAUAUGAAAAAUGUACCCAGCAUUACACAGCUGUGUUUGAUUGACUGCCAGCUUGCAGAAAAGGGGGCAUCAGCAGUUGCCUGUUUGAUACAGCAUCAAAGGAUGAAUCGAGAUAGUGCGAUGUGGCAAGAUACUCUUCGAUUACGACAGCCACACCUUGAUGGCAUGAAAGGGCUUCGCAGAAUAACGCUCAAUCACAAUCCCCAGAUGAAUGACAGUGGAGCAAUUGCUAUUGCCAAUGCAUUAACAGAAGAUCUCUGGAUCAAAGCUUUGGAUCUUCAACAUUGUGGUAUUGGUGCUGAGGGAGGACAGGUGCUGAGAAAUGUUCUGAACGUGAAUCAGACACUAGAGAUCCUAGAUUUAAGGCAAAAUCCAUUUAUUCCUAACCAUUUAGUGGAAGAAGUAAAAGAAGUUCUCCAGGAACGACAGGAUGAAUACGAUGUUCAGUACAUGUGGCUGGAGCCAUCAGACAGUUAUGUGAAGGAAGAAGCUGUCAAGACUAAGGGAAGUCCAGGAAAAUAUUCAGCAACUGGAAGAAUAAAUAGAAUAAAAAAGGGUCUGAAUACAAUUUAUACACAACCAAAAAAAAUACCAAAUCCACCUGGACAACUAGGAAUUCCAUGGAGAGUGGAGCAUAGGCUGUUCGAGAGAAGAGAGGGUUUACCACCUGGGUCACUGGUAGAAGCCUUUCCUAAAGAACAACAGAGCCAUGCUGUAACAUCAACAGAAGAUUCAGUGAGUCUCCUUAACAUUAGAAAGCAGUUGAGCCUUUACAAGAGAAAAUAUAGAAGAGAGAGAGAGCGGAGAAGGCACAGUGAAAGGAAACUGUCACGCCUACAGGUGCAGUUGCAAGAAAUUCACUUAUUAGAUGAAGAAACUGUUUCUCAUAUUGAAGCCUGCUUUUUAAAGUUUCAAAAUUUUUUAACACUUUUACAAAAUAAUGGAUUUUCUUGGCAGCCAACUUUCUUCCAAGAAUCAGAAACAAAACAAAAUGAGGCCAGUGAAAAAUUGCAGUCUGGUUCUAGUUUAUCAACUCUGCCAGGCAGCGAGUUUGGUGUAUUAACCAUAAAAGCUAAAAAUUCACAAUCCCCUUCAAAUAUCCCUAUUCCAAUAUUCUUUGACAAGAGAUCAUAUACUAAAAAUGGUUUAUCUCCAAAGGAAGUUGGAGAUACUGCCACUUACAUACAAACCCAGAAAUUUAUGCAAGAUACUGUUCCUCAAGGUUUUCCUUUGAAUUUGAAAUCUAAAGAAAAGACAGAAGACAUAGUGCCUGAUAAAAAAGAUGAAGUUUUGUUGGAACAACUUAAUAGUGAUAUUAAAGUUGGGAGAAGCAUGUUAUCUAUAUUUUCACAAUACUCGGUGCCAAAAGUAAAUCGUGAAAUAAUAGUACGUUCAGGGCCAAAUUGGGAUAAAAUAAUUCAUGAUAUACCAACUGGUGAUGACAGUAAUGAGAUACACACUAGGGAUAAGGAACAUAUUUUCAAUGAAGUAAAUGGAGCAGGAAAACAAUUAUCUAAUGGAGUAGAGAGCUUUGAGAGGAAAUUUUCUGAUGAAAUAGUUGACGCCUCUAAAAAAAAGCUACAUUAUUUAGCAAAGAGCACUGGUAUAUUACCUGAGGUAGAAGAGAGUUCCAAGAGAAAGUUACCUCAUAAAGUGAAUGGUGCUGAAGUAGAGGACACACACAAAAAAGUUUCUAAUACAGUAAAAAGCACUUUAACUGUUACUUUUGGGAAACACUUAGAACAAGAUAAAACAUUAAGCUACAUGACAAGUAUGACACAAAUACAAAUUGCAGAAAAUGAUGAUAUCCAAUUGGCCCAUGAGAAGGAAUUGGUAAUGAGUGGCUGGAAAACAGGAAAUGGUAUUACUAGUAUGUAUGAUGACAUAAAUAAAACAAGCCCUGUUGUUGAAUACCCAAGGAAAAUGUCACCAGACAUUAUCAAUACAAAAAGAAAUAAAGAGGCUGAACAAAUUGAUUUAAAAUUAAAAAACACACAGGAUAAUAUGGAAUUAGAAAGUGUUUUAAUGUCACAUAAUGCUUUGGUUGAUUUAAGUAAGGUAUCACCUGAUAGCGAUGACUAUACAGUGAGCUCUCAUCAUAUUAAUAAAGAAAAAGAUCAAAGUAAUUUGUAUGAAGCAAAGCAAUCUGUUAAAGUAAAUAACUGUCAAAAUCUUGCUGACAAAUUUCAAUUAAGAGACAAAACAAGGAAUAAAAAACAAGUGACUAAAAAUAUCGAAACAGGACUAAGAGUAGAUAUCAGUGAAACGGACGAUGAUAAACUGAGAAUGCAAAAAGCCUCUUCCCUUUUAUUGAAUAGAAGUGGUUCGGCUUCAUCCUCAGUAAGCAUAUCUGAGCACCUUAGUCAGUCUCAUUUCCACUGGUGUAAAGGUACAAAUAAGACAGAAAAAGGAAAUUCAGAGCCUAUAGAUAAAACACCUAAAGAAGAAACCAGAGAAAGUAUAGACAAUAGUGGAGGAAUGUAUAGCGACAUUAAAAUGGAAAUUCCUCAGUUUGUUCUAGUACAAACUGAACCUAUCUCUAUGGAGUAUGGCAGUGAUUUUGAAGUCAGUGAUGUUGAGGGAGUGAGUAUUUCUUCUGCAUCAUUGGCCACUACAUCUAUCCCUGAGGAUCUGCUAACACCAGGAGAGGAAGAAUUUUGAUUGUGCUGCCACCAUUAUGACCUGUGGGGAGCAUUUCAUUAUUACCCAUCCCUGUCCACACCAAAUGUUCAGCAUCACAUGAUCAUUACAAGAGCUUAUUGUACUCCCAGGCACAUUUCAGAUCAAUCUCCUAUUUACUGUACUCUCACUCUUUAACCCUUAAACGGUCCAAACAGAUCAACGUUCAAAUUCAUAGUGCUACAAAAUUAGAUCUACUUUUUUUUACAUAUUUUCAAAUAUAACAAAAAAAAAUGUAGAUAAAAGUUUUUUUACACGUUUUCAAAUGUAAAACAAAAAAGAUCUACAUUUUUUUUACUUUCAGAUGUUGAAAAAACGUAUAUAUACGUUUGGACCAUUUAAGGGUUAAUAGGCUUAGCUGUAUAUUGUGGCACUUAUUGAAAGCUUAUGUGAAACUAUUAUUACAAUCAAAACUAAGCACUAAAUCCACAAGGAUCUUACAGUUAUUAUUAUACUGAAAAACAUGCACUAAACUUGUAUGCAUAAUACAUGAAACUCGGACAGUGCAUUUAAUAAUGACAUUACAAUUCUGAUGUUCUCUAUGGUUUGUCUUAGCAAUUAAAAUAUGUAUUACCUUUUAAAUAUGUAAAUUUGUACUAAAAGAAAUUACAUCUAGUCAAGACUAGUCAUGUCUGUAUGCAGUUUUGUUUUAUGGUAUGGUGUAUACAGAAUCUGCAUUUUCUGAAAUAAAAAUAUUUACAAAUUUAUUAAUUUGAUCAUAUCACUGCCUUCUGACAUUAAAACAAAAACUUAAAGUUCAUAAUCAGGUGGGCUUUUUACUAACACAGUACUUACCUAAAUACAAGUACAGUAAAUCUGAAAUGACCUCACUUAACAAUCAAUACUAUUGAUAAAAAACAUCUAUAUGAAAAACAAUACAGAAUGGGUCUAAUAACUAGUGAUCUGGCUAAAUGUUACUCAUCAGUACUAACUAACCUAACAGGGAGGUCGAAAAAACUGUAUUAUGAAAACAGAUUGCAUUACGUAAUAGGUGAUAUGAAAAAGAUCUGGAAAACCUUAUCUGAAAUUCUAGUAUCUAAAAAGAUGUCACAAAACAGAAUGAUCAACCUAUUAUUAUUAUUAUAAUCAAAAAGAAGCGCUAAGCCACAAGGGCUAUACAGCAAUGAUCAACCUAACGAAACUGGAAGAACCUCUCCUCCAGCCAACUGAUACUGCCAACAAACUUAAUGUCUUCUUUGCGACCAUAGGAAAAAAGCUAGCAAGCAAAAUCCCAAACUCAAACAUUUAACCAAAAGACUACCUCACUGGCAACUACCCAAAUACUCUAUUUUUAGCACCAACUAACUACUGAGAUCUCAUUCAUCAAAACAUUAACGAACAAGGUAGGAGACCUAAAUAACUUACCACCACUUAUGUAUAAAACAGCUUCUCAUGUGUUGUCCCCAAUCACUGCAACUCUCUUUAACAAAUCCAUUGAAUCUUCCACCUUCUCAUCCAUACUCGAGACAGCAAGGGCUACCCCGAUCCUCAAAGGAGGUGAUCCAACUGAACUGAACAACUAUAGGCCUAUAUCAAACUUGCCCCUUCUAUCUAAAAUCUUCGAAAAAUUAAUUCACAAACAAGUCUACUCCUUAGUAUCCCACAACAUACUCAACCCCAGUCAGUCUGGAUUCAGACCGAAAAAGAUGAUGCUCGAACUAAUACAUGUAUAUAUGGCACUCAGAAAAAAGGAACUCCCCCUGGGACUUUUCAUCGACUUACAUAAAGCUUUUGAUACAGUUGACCAUGACCUAUUGCACCAAAAGUUAGCAUAUUACAGGAUCGCAGGACACUCUCUCAAUUACCUAAAAUCCUAUCUUAACAAUAGAAACCAGUAUGUAUACACAAAUGGAGCUAACUCCACUACUCAGCCUCUUUUUGUUCGGGUCCCACAGGGAAGUGUCCUUGGCCCACUUCUCUUUCUCAUUUACAUCAAUGAUUUACCAUGCAUCUAAACUCUUUAAACCCAUAUUAUUUGCAGAUUACACUACUUAUGGAUUUAUGGAUUUACAAAAGGCAUAUGAUAGAGUGGAUAGGGGAGCAAUGUGGCAGA